UCACAGUCCCUUAGCAACAGCUGAGUGGAUCUACAGUAACAGCCCUGCUGGUAAAAUCAGCGUUUGGGUGUGGAUCCAUAUUCAGAGGAACAUUACAAAACAGGAUUUCAUUCAACUCUGCGUAUAUGAUUCCACAUGGAGCCCUGCUUAAAGACUUGAAUGUCUGAAUGAGAGCAGAAAAACAUGUUGGAUGUGUGAUGAAUGAGAGGUGGAAGCGUCAAGCAGGGUGUGGUGCAGAUGAAAGCAUGUAUGUCCACAGCAAGCAGAGGAGGAACUUUCAGUCUAAACCCUUUCACGAGAGCACAGCGCUCACUUUGCUUCCACCAAGACCACGGUCCUAUGGAGACACAGGGCUUUCCUCCAGACGCUCUGAGCUCCCGGGCCUGCAAGUACAGGGAUUCUGCUGUCCCCUCCAGCAGAGGCCUAGCAGUGGGAGGGUGACACACAGGGUGACACCACAGAGCAGAGGGGGGGUAGAUGGGAGCCUGACACUGCUAAGCAGUCUCAAGGGAAGGCUGGAGAGCAGAGCAAAAUCAACCUCAAGGUCCAGGACUGGGAGCAGACCUGAGAUGAUCCCAGAAGGUGGAGCUCCCAUUGUGUGCCAUCACAGACAUCCAGUCAGUGAAACAGCAGAGACUCCCACAACCCCCUGCGACAAUGAGAGGCAGGCUUGUCAUGGACAACCCGGCGCCGCAAAGGUUUCAGAACUCCAUCUGUAUCUGCCUUCAUCACUCUGUGAUGAUGAGGAGCAGGAUGCAGAGACAGAGGAGAUGAGAAAGUGGAACAGAACUCCAAAACAGGUCUCAGAAGUGAUGUCAGUUGGAGGGUGGGGAGACAAAAAAUAUUUUCUCAAGCAAUUAGAACAACUGCUGUGCAAGUGAAGGCAUAACCACUGGGUCUAACUGGGAUCUGUUAUAUCCAUGGAAUCAUUCCGUGCAACAAAAAAGCCAAAGAGGAUGAAGUUACAGGAUGUUCUGUGAAAAAGAGUCCUGUGAAACAUCAAUGUACAGAUCGAUGGGGACACAGGGAUGUUAUGGAGGAGGGUAAACCCAAUAAACCUUAAAGAGUUUACCACUUUGUUAAAGCUGCACUAAUCAAUAUUUUUAUAUGUAAAAUGGAUCUGAAAACAGAUCCCACAGAGGACUACUAACCCAUCUCUGCAGUUCCCCUCAGCUCUACAGAGCUUUUUAUGGUCUUUCAGCUCAUUGUUUUGGUUUUCAGGGCCGCAACGUUACUGUUAUGGUUCAGUCUCAACGUUCUCAUUAACCCUGUUUUGUGCAACAUCAGGCAGUUUUCAGUAUUCAGUUUUCAGUAAAAAAGCUCUGAUAAACUCACUGUACAGUACCUGCCCAGCACCAAACAGCAGACAAAGUUAGAGACUAGCUGGUGAACAAAGAGAAGCUUUUAGCAGCUAAAGAGACAGAUAUUUUUCUCAGGAGUUGGUGGAGACUAAAACAGAGCUAAAAUGACAGUGAAUAUCAGACUUAUAUUCAUGAGGUGGAGAGAAACACGACUCCAAAUGACUGCUGAUGUUGCUCCGUGUCUGCUGGAUGUGUAAACAGGCCACUUUAUAAGGUGAUAAUAUGUUAGUGUUGUGUUUACAGCUUGCUGUGCUGCCCCUAAAUGACCCAAAAAAUACAUUUUAGUUGACAUAAAUCUUCAAGCAUAGAUACAUCGUAAUAGUAUCAAACACAUGUAAGUUAUAUAAAGAUUUAUUAAAAGGACAUUUAAAUGUCACUGUUUGCAGUCAGUAAACAACUACCAAAUUAGACAUGAACAUUAUUAUUAUUAUUACCACAAAUAUGGACCACACAAUAAAGAUAUGACUAUAUGUACUGUCAGGACACAAGAAUAAAUGUCUCAGGCCCCACUAGUGGCCCUUGUUUUGAAGGUAACUUGUGUUCAAAGUGAAAAAAUAUUUUGAGUCACCUGUUAAUCAUUAACAUUUGUUUUAAUACUGAUCAAAGAUUUUCAGUAUGUAAGUAAGUAAUGUAAUUUAGAACAAGGUAAUCAUACUUUUAUAUUUUAUAUCAGUACAUGUCUAACUUUAAAGGAACAGUGGAACAUUUUGGGAGCUCCUCUUUUUUACUGUCUUACAGAGUCAGAAGAUAAAACUGUUGUCAGUUUCAUUUCUGUGCUGUACAAAGAUGGGUCCAUGACAUAUCUAGCUAAGAUAUCACUGCCUUUUAUGUUCCUGUGCUCCUUGCAGGACUUCAACAGAGGAGACUAGUGCUAAGGAAUCUGAGGUCAAACCAAACAAUGCAAACCUUCCAGUGUUUUCAAACCCUUCACACACCAGUCAAGACCAACCAGGACCCGGCACUCCACAGCACACCUUCUGAUGACAUCACACCGGAGGACUCUGAGCACAGCUGAGAUAUUAAGUAUAGAGGACAGCAGAGCUCAGAGCAAAUAACAGAUGGAGCCAAUUUGCCCCUAAAGAUCAUCCACGUGGGCAGGACAAAAAAGGGCGAUGGGGAAACAGGCCUCUGCUGAUAAGGUCUGCAGCUGUCCACAGAUGGAGGCCCCACGCACUGGUUAAAAACAUAGGCUUCAUAAUGAGAUGCUGGAGAGUCUACCCAAAAUAAAAACUGGGCCGCUUGAGAAAAAAAAAAAUGUAGAUAUCUGUGGACAGCUGAUGUGCUAGAACAAAAGAAAUUACUUUUAGUGGAACAAGUGUGUUUGUUUCAAAAUAAAACUCACGGGGACAUCUGCAGAGACAAGAUUGGGCCACACAGGAGAGCGACCAAAAAGAAAAUAUUGCAAAAGUAUUUGACCACAAAUUAGCAUUAAAGAUAAAGAAUGUAACAUACAGAGACCAUGUGAACAGAAAAAAAAAAGAACGUGCAAUGAUCACAAUCAUUGCUAAUUCAACAAAUAUGACCAAAGAAAUACGAUUAUUUAUAAAACACAAUGUCGAAUGUCAAGUAUUUGAGCAUGUAUCAGGACCGUUGAGGACACUGACGUUGUGUCCUCUAAAUUUGGGGUGAUGUGGGAGGUUUGGCGGCCUGUGUGUAAACUCCAAUUUUCAAUUGCUGUAAUGAUCAGUAUACAGCAACUUUAAUUUUGAAAUUUAGAGCCUAAUUUUGUCAGAUUUGGUGGCAUAUAUGGUCUUAUAUAACCAUUUUUUCUUGUGUGAUUUUGUUUUUAAUAGUCAUGGAUGCCAUAUUUUGAAAAAAAUUAACAAUGUAUAAUAUGCUUCACCAUCAACUUUUCUUUAAGGUGUUUGCUUUGUUUUCUUACAUAUACACAUUGUUUUUAUAACUAUGACAAUGAAAAAACACUUUUAGUCACUUUUUAAGAAAUUUGUGUGGAAUCAAAUACAAUAACUGUAAGUGUUCUAGUAAUUUUUUAACCAAACUAGGCACAAAAAAAACCCAGUUGUAUCCAUAAAAAAAAUGCCUGCAGGACUCAUGACCUCAGUAUUUUUAAACCCCUGGCUACUGCCCUGGUAUGGAUGUUCGUUCUUAACAUUUGGGAUCAGUAAAGAAAAUCUAAGUUGAGAGGGCUCUAGUUUUUUUAGUUCUUAACUGGAGUUUUCACCCAGUUGGGAUGUGAAUUUAUUUACCAAAUUCAGGUAUAUCUGUUGUGCUUACAAUGAAUCACUUUAAUGUGCUAUAUACAUAUUUAUUUUUGUGUUACCGUGAAACAAUGACUGGAAAAGUAAAAGAUUUGAAAAAAUACAAGUAUUUGAUCAUCAGUAGUUGGUCAAAGUAUUUGUGGAAAGCACGUUUUCUUAUCAGAAAAAUAAGUCUAAUCAAAAGGUCACUUUGUAGGAUUUUCACAUUUUUGGUGAUUAUUUUGUCUUUCAAAGGCCUUUUUUUUUGCAUAAUGUGUAACAAAUACCUUAAAUAUUUAAAACAUGUAUUAAAUAUAUGGACACAAAACAGUAAUUUUUAUGCAAAACAACCAAACCAAAAGACAUUUAUAAUUUAAUGAUUUAGUUCAUACAGUGCUGUGUAAAUGUUUACAGAAUGCAAGCCUAUCACUUUCAGCUAAAAGCAUUGUAAAACAAAACCAUGCUGACUCUGGGCCCUCCAUGGGACAUGACACCUUCAGGUUAAAAACACUUGACACAUUGAGACUUCUUGCAGUGUUCCAGAGGUGUGCAGCUGCUUAUCAUUCAGUGUGUCAUGUCUGUAUAGUGUCUUCUUGCUGGUCUUCUCUCAGUACAGAGGUAGCAGAUCAUACACCACACACUGUGCUCUGGAGAGAUCUGGACUCCACUGCUGCUCCGAAAAGGCCUCAGACCACAGGAGCCUGUCGGCCGAAUGGAGAGGAGAUGAAAGUCACGUAGAAAUGGAAACAGACUAAAACUUUGUGUGUUUAGCUCACUCUAGCUGUCAUUCCUGGAAGUUCAUUUCCAUCAGGAUGAAUGAAAUGGUAGGAAUGCAAAAAACAAAAUACAGCAUCUCGUAAUUUUGAUUUAGAAUGUCAAAAUUGUAUCUUAGUAUCUCUUGUUUUUCUUACAAAUGUCUAUACAAAUAAAUUAAAGAAAUCCAGCAAAAUGA